UUUCUUUUUCGUUAAAUAUUUUUUUGUUUUUAUUGGAAAGUAUUAUAUUCGAAAUCUAUAACUAAAAUAUUUUUUAAAUUUAAAAAAAAUAAUAUAUAUAACCACCAAUAUCUUUUUUUAAAAAAUAUACAAUAUUUUUCGGUUUUUCUCAAAUGAAAAAAUAUAUUUAAAAAUUAUUUCGGAAUAAUUAAAACUUUCCUUAUCUUUUAUUAAAAGGGGAAAUUGACCAAAAAAAAUAAAUAAUAAAUAAUGGAAAUUCUAGUCUCCAAUCCGAUCGUAGUUAAAGUAUCUUUGAUUAAAACUGUAUUUUGCAUUUUAUACGGAACGCUUUUAUUGAAAGCGCAAACAACUAUUUUUCCAACCGAGCCCCUAAAUUAUCCCAGUAGUGAAGCUAAAUCAAAUGAUGUCAUGCAAACUUCCGAAGGUAAAUUGAUAGGAACAAUCGUGUCCGUUCCUGGGGGAGAUAAGUUGGCAGUUUUUAUGGGUGUACCUUACGCAAAACCACCCUUGGGGAAACUAAGAUUCAAGCCUCCAAUGCCAAUGGAACCGUGGGGUGGUGAAAGACCGGCAACGAAAUUGGCGCCAUCUUGUUAUCAACUUGACCCCUUAACUCAGAAUAUAUCUGGAAAUGAAGAUUGCCUAUAUCUUAACGUCUAUGCGCCUAGAGCAAAUACGAAAGAAAAAUUACCAGUCAUGGUAUUCAUACAUGGGGGAUAUUUUCUUAUGGGAUCUGGUAAUAAUUAUCCAGCUUAUCACCUAUCCGCUCGUUACAAUGUUAUAGUCGUAACUGUAAAUUAUCGAUUAGGAAUUUUGGGAUUUAUGAGAUUUAGUAAUUUGUCUCUAGCCUGUGCUAAUUGCGGGAUACUAGAUCAGAUAGCUGCGCUGAGUUGGGUGCGCGAUAACAUUCCAAAUAUAGGAGGUGACCCAGACAAAGUGACGGUCUUUGGUCAAGGUAGCGGUGGAACUUGUGUUAAACUUUUAUUAACUAUUCCGAGAGCUAGAGGUUUGUUUGACACGGCCAUAGCUCAGGGUGGAUCGUUAGCUUCUCUAGAGGAAGUCAGGAAUCAAAGAAAAUUUGACUCGGUUGAAUUUGUCGCUCGUGAAGGCCAAUGCCCUAACAUAGAAGAUAGAAAUGCGUUAUUAGAUUGCUUAAGGAUGAUGCCCGCUCAAAAAUUAUUGACCAUUUCCGGAACGUUUUUCUCGAUUGAUAACCAAGAUUUUUUGCACCAUCCAUUCCAACCUUACAUAGAAGAAGUGACGGGAAAAAAGGCGGAAGGGAAACAUUUUGAAGAUAUUAUGCACAAAAUACCCUUUAAUUCGGAUACUGUACUCAUUACAGGAAUCAAUAGCGAAGAGGGAUUAUUGCCUUAUUUUCCCCCUUUACUCCCAAAGAAUUCAUAUAACAUUAGCGAAGAAGGGCAAAUUCAAGUCAGUCACAAUAGUUUCGAAAAUAGGAUUGUACCUCAUGUUUUGGAUUCACAAAGUUACGCAAGUAACGAUGACUCUAUGCGAAAAGCGGCGGCUUUUGCGUAUACACCAUGGUCCGACCCUCAUAACCACACGAGAAUAGCGGAAAGUGCUAUACAAAUAACGGGUGAUCAACUUUUCACGGUGCCAUAUUUAAAGGAUUUAAAAUAUUUGGCCAAAACUCAUAAAAAAUUGUACUCCUACAUCUUUAAUUACCACUCGAAAACUGAGGACCCGCCAGAAAUGGUUAAAAUUCCAUGGUUUAAGAAUGCAUCGAGUCAUGGAAGUGAAUUGAGUUAUAUUUUUGGAUUUCCCACCACGGGGCGGAGCUUUCUAGAGAGUACACCUCACAAAGCCAUCUUAAAUGAAAUGCCAGGCUUCGAUAAAAAGUACAACUAUGCUCUUCCUGACAUAGGUAUGUCAGAAUUCAUGAUGGAGACCUGGUCUAACAUAGCCAAAAGAAAACGUCCUCAUUUAAAAUCUACUGAAUGGAACAGGAUAAGGCCUAAUGAUAUGGAACAUUUAGUCAUAUCGGAUAUGGGAGGCACAGGUCCGAUUCUAAGCCAUAACAAAGGAUUCAAGGCUAUGCAAAGCUUCUUUUGGGACAAUUUCUAUCCUGAUUUGGAGAAGCAUAUCAAGGAAGGGGAAUUGUUCGCUACGAAAAACGCCUAUAAAGAAUCACCGAAAUGUGCUACAUAUAGACGAGCCACUUGGGGUAUAGUUGGUAUGCUCUCAGUAAUAGCCGCUGGCAUAGGUUUACUAGCUCUACUAAGAAAUUUGGCUAAAAAAAGGAGAAAGAAAUUUUCUUCAACCCCCCGUCAGCCCAAUAUAUAAUAAAUUACGUAUACGCGCAACUGAAAAUGAUUACGAUCGAACUUACAUAUAAACUGCUUAACGUUUAAAUUAAAAAAAAUAACUAAUUAUUCUACUUAUAUUUAUCUCUGUAUGUAGUAUAUGUGUCAUAGGUUUUGUUGGAAUUCGAGUAAAUUAGAAUUUUUUAAUAAUUAAAAAAUUCAUAGAUCACACUUUAUUUAUAAUUUCUAAAGAUUUUAUAUUUUUUCGGCCGGAAUUGUAAUCUAACAAAUGUCUAAGAAUACUUUUCCGUUAAUAUUUUUUUAAUAAAAUCAUGUUAACUUUAAUUAAUAAUAUAUUAAAUCGGUUAAAAUGGAUUCAAAAUAUUUCACAAAAUAAUCUGAUACUCAUAAAAAGAAAAGAAAAUUUACUAUAGGCAUUUCUUUUUUUUAAAAAAAGAAGAGCUUACUAUAUUUAGACAAAGAUUUACAAUUUUCUCCUAAUUCCAAUAGACUCUUACAACAUUAAUAGAAUUAAAAGCAGAUGCUCAUAGCUAUUAUUAUCUAUUUAUAUUUAUAUCAUUUUUGAGCUCAGUAUAUUUUUAUCUCCCUCGAUUUUCUGAAACUCAAGAUUAUAAAUGAUGAGACAUUUUUCUUUAUCUGUAUUAUAAUAUUACAGGGAAUGAUUUCCACAGAUAAAUCCAAUUUUCAUUUUAAUUAAAAACUAAUUGUGAUUAAAAUUAUUUAUAAAAUUACGUGCUAUUAAUAACUUAUUAAUUAAUUAAUUUUUUUAAUGUUUUUAAUAACUUUAUAUUAAAGAUUAUUAAAUUAUUAUUCAAUUAUGAUGAGAUAACAUGAAUCAACAAAAACGUACCUAAAAUUUUUUUAAAAUAUAAAUG